AUGUUGAUGAAAAACGUUAACUUCAGUGCUAACUGUAAGAGUAUUUACAGUAGCAGUUUCAGAAGAUUCAUAUCCAAAAGACCUGACAAUUUAAUCGAUGUUCAAUUAUUGAAAGAUCAUGAGAACUUAGGAGUUGCAGGAAAUAUUGUAACUGUCAAAGCAGGUUACAUGAGACAAAAAUUACAUUCAACAAAGAUCGCUUGUUAUUUGAAUGAUGGACCAAGAAUCCCUGUAGUUGAAACCAAGAUUGUCAAGAAAGUCAAAAUAUCCACACCUAAACCAGUCAAAGAAGAAAAAGUCGAAGAUUUCAAACCUUUAUCAUUAUCUGAAUUAUCUAGUAUUUUCAAUAAUAAAUCCAAUAAUACAUCAGCACCAAUAUCUUUGAAUGCUGAAACUGAAGUUUCAUUCAGUUCUCAUGAUAUUAAUGAUUCCAUUCCAGAAACCAAUAUUUUCGACUCAGGUGACAAAAUAACUAAAGAUUUCUUGAAAACUUAUAGUUUCGAUAUUUCAGGGAUCGAGAUACCUACUACUUCAAUGAAGAUUCAAGGUGAAAAGAAAGAACCUUUAGAAGAUAUAAAUACCCCAGGUACUUAUACCUGGUCCAUAUCCACCUCAGAUGGAAAAACUGUAAAGAAAGUCAUCAUCAUUCAAUAG